AUGAAAGUCAUUACCUGCGAAAUAGCCUGGCACAACAAGGAGCCGGUGUAUAGCCUGGACUUCCAGCAUGGCACCGCCGGGAGGAUCCACAGACUGGCGUCGGCCGGUGUAGACACGGCGGUUAGGAUCUGGAAGGUGGAAAAAGGACCCGAUGGAAAGGCCAUUGUUGAAUUUUUGUCCAAUCUUGCCCGCCAUACCAAAGCUGUCAAUGUCGUGCGUUUUUCUCCGAAUGGGGAAAUUUUAGCAUCAGGAGGAGAUGAUGCCGUCAUCCUGUUGUGGAAGGUGAAUGAUAAUAAGGAGCCAGAACAGAUUGCUUUUCAGGAUGAUGAUGAGGCCCAGCUGAACAAGGAGAAUUGGACUGUCGUAAAAACCCUGAGAGGCCACUUGGAAGAUGUGUACGAUAUUUGCUGGGCAACUGACGGGAAUCUAAUGGCUUCUGCCUCUGUGGAUAACACGGCCAUCAUAUGGGAUGUCAGUAAAGGACAGAAGAUCUCUAUCUUUAAUGAACAUAAAAGUUACGUCCAAGGAGUAACCUGGGACCCCUUGGGUCAGUAUGUUGCCACCCUGAGCUGUGACAGGAUCCUCAGGGUGUACAGCACCCAGAAGAAACGUGUGGCUUUUAAUGUCUCAAAGAUGCUGUCUGGAAUAGGGGCCGAAGGAGAGGUCAGAAGUUACCGGAUGUUUCACGACGACAGCAUGAAGUCAUUCUUCCGUAGACUCAGUUUUACCCCUGAUGGGUCUUUGCUCCUCACACCAGCUGGAUGUGUGGAGUCUGGAGAAAAUGUAACAAAUACCACCUAUGUUUUCUCCAGGAAGAAUCUUAAAAGGCCCAUCGCUCACCUUCCCUGUCCUGGCAAAGCGACGCUUGCAGUUCGUUGCUGUCCUGUCUACUUUGAGUUGAGGCCGGUGGUGGAAACAGCGUCACAGGAGCUGGGCACGGAGCUGGUGCACCUGCCCUACCGCCUGGUGUUUGCUGUGGCUUCUGAAGACUCUGUGCUCUUGUAUGACACCCAGCAGCCGUUCCCUUUUGGCUACGUGUCUAACAUACAUUACCACACCCUGAGUGAUGUCUCCUGGUCCAGCGAUGGGGCCUUCCUGGCCAUUUCUUCCACGGAUGGCUACUGUUCGUUUGUGACAUUCGAGAAGGAUGAACUUGGAACACCUUUGAAAGAGAAGCCAGUUUUAAGCGUGGGAACUCCCGAUACAGCAAAGAAAACGAAGAGUCAGCCACACCAGGGGUCUUCGCCAGGCCCCAGGCUAGUAGAGGGGACCCCCAGCAGCCCCUGCACACCCCCACCUCAGGCAAGACCAUCUCCAGCCCCAGCAGCGCCUUCCGAGGAGAAGAAGGCCCUGCAGCCCAGCACGCAGAAUCCCAAAGCACCCCCAUCCCGGAGGGUCACUCUGAACACGCUGCAGGCCUGGAGCAAGACAACACCCCGGAGGAUAAAUUUACUACCCUUAAAGACAGAGACUCCACCAAAUUCUGUACCAAUUAGUAUAAUCUCCACCCCUUCCACAGAAGAAACUGAACCAGGGACGCCCGGGGACCCUCAGGACAGUCCUCCGGAGCCCAAGCGGCCUCGGCUUGGUGAACACAAAGGAAGUUCCCAAGGUCUGGAGCCUUGAGGAGAUCUGUCUGCUGCUCGAAGGCUGCCAGGUCUGGGGACCCCCGUGCACAGAGAGGGAGGGCUAGGCCGGGGACACCGGAGACCAGUGGCAAUAGGCGGAGCCUGAUGGAUACUCGUGAAUUGUUUACUGUAACAGAAGAUACACAUUGGACCAGUUUUUCUCCAGAACUAUGUUUGCACUUGUAUUCAAGACACAGGCUUACCUCGGAGCAGUGAACGUUUUC